CGCCGGGGGUAGUUGGUUCGGGGCGGGCGGAAGGUGGAGUGUGUGUGGGGCAGUAUGAGGGUAACAUCAUGUAGUUUAACACAGACUGUGUGACUUAUUAUAUUCAGACCUCUCGCUGUUUCUUCUCCUAGUUUUUUUUUUGUUGUUUUUUUUAACCUUUAACUUGUUUUUAACCGCCAUGUUCCUGCGCGGAUCUAAAAAGCGACGGUCCAACCGCUCGCAGGAGGAAGAGGACCCAGACAGAGGGCAGCCGUGUAUGCGCUGUGGGGACCAGUGCCCCGGCUUCCGUGUCCACGGCUGGAGGAAGAUCUGUGUACACUGCAAGUGUGUGCGAGAGGAGCAUGCUGUACGCUCAGUGCCGGGCCAGCUGGAAAAGAUGAUGACGAAGCUGGUAUCAGACUUCCAGAGACACUCCAUCUCCGACGACGACUCAGGCUGCGCCUCCGAGGAGUACUCAUGGGUCCCACCUGGGCUCAAGCCCGAACAGGUAUAUCAGUAUUUUAGCUGCCUGCCAGAGGACAGGGUGCCUUACGUGAACAGUCCAGGGGAGAGAUACCGAAUCAAACAACUGCUGCACCAGCUUCCAGCCCACGACAGUGAGCCCCAGUACUGUAACUCUCUGGACGAGGAGGAGAAGAAGGAGCUGCGUUUGUUCAGUCAGCAGAGGAAAAGAGAAAACUUGGGCAGAGGCGUCGUCAGACUCUUUCCAGUGACUAUGACGGGUGCAAUCUGCCAGCAGUGUGGCAGACAGAUCUGCGGUGGAGACAUAGCGGUGUUCGCCAGUCGGGCAGGACACGGCAGCUGUUGGCACCCUCAGUGUUUCCAGUGUGCUUCCUGCACCGAGCUGCUGGUCGAUCUCAUAUACUUCUACCAGGACGGACAGAUCUACUGUGGCCGGCACCACGCUGAGAGACUCAAGCCCCGCUGUCAGGCCUGCGAUGAGAUUAUUCUAGCAGAUGAAUGUACGGAGGCAGAAGGAAGAUACUGGCACAUGAAGCACUUCUGUUGUUUUGAGUGUGAGGCUGCGCUCGGUGGUCAGCGUUACAUCAUGAGAGAGAGUCGACCGUACUGCUGCUCCUGCUACGAGUCCCUGUACGCAGAGUACUGCGAUACCUGCGGAGAACACAUAGGUAUCGACCAGGGCCAGAUGACAUAUGAGGGUCAGCACUGGCACGCCGUGGAGUCGUGUUUCUGCUGCGCCCGCUGUCAACUACCUCUGCUGGGACGUCCCUUCCUCCCUCGAGCGGGGCUCAUCUUCUGCUCCAGGCCCUGUUCGCUGGGCGAGGACCCCGAUAACUCGGACUCCUGUGACUCGGCGCUGCAGAGCAGACCGCCUCAGCAUAGACGCUCUGGGACAGCAGAGAAACACCAGCAGCCACAGUGCGGUUCUCCACUGCAACCACUAGAGGGCAUCAGACCCCCUAUAACUCCUGCAAAAGACUGCAUUCAUACUGCGGUGGAAAACAGAGGUGUCCACUGCACUGCUCCAGUUCAAAACGGUGGUCUUUCACCCAGUGGUCAUCCUCAUCCAAGAGGAUCCUACUCCCCUCUUCCCCACAUUCAUCUAGGAAAUGGUUUAGGUCCGUCUUGGCCCAGCGAUCUUCCACAUUACAGUUUACUGCCAGGGGACUGUGGUCUCAAACCUCCUGUCAGUGGUCUAAAUGGCAGUACUGGACUAACUGGUCUUAAUUCAAGAGGAACCUCUACUGCUAAAGACUGUAGGAACUGGGUGGAAAGGACGAAUCAAGUUAUGCAAGUGUUUCCUCCUCAGAAAAACUCACAUGUGAACCAACUAAUUUCACCCGACUCGCCUCCCAUCCCGCCCGACCACCCGUCCGUCCUCCCACCGCCUCUGCCCAUCAAGUCUCGUGACUUGUUGCCCCGGGAAUCACCCCCGCCGAACCUCCCCCCACCUGAGGACAGACCCUCUGAUUCUCCGCCCCCGCUGUCUCGCAGUGGCACAGCGAGGGUCAGCUUCAGAGAACCAAUCAGCAGCAGCUACUCUGUUGAAGAGGAUGAGGAUGAAGAUGAGAAUGAGGAGGAGCUGCAAGAGGGCGAGGAAAACCAGCAGGACGAAGAUGAGGUGGAGGGAGGUUUCGGAAGCAGGUUACAUCUACAGAAAGGCAUCCCGCCGCAGAUGGAUCUGCUGGAUGGAUCCUCUUACCACCAGCGGAGUCUGCGGCGAGGGUGGAGCCGCUGCCGUAUCCCCUCUGACCCUGCUCUACACCCGGGAGCAGAGAGGCGCACCCGACGCUCGCGGCCCGACCGGCCUCGGCUGGACACCCUGGACUGGAGAGGCGACAAGGACAGGGACAAGCGGGGCUCACUGACCCUCCAGCCGGGCCAAUACAAACAUGAAGACUGCUCUACAUGCUCUUCAUCCUCAGACUCAGAGGAAGAGGGUUUCUUCCUGGGACAGCCCAUACCUCUGCCCCCGCAACUCCGUAAGCAGCAACCCGAGGACAGCAAAGACAGAGAGGGAGAGGAGGAGAAGGAGGUGCAGAGAGACAAGGGACUGAGAGGCAGCAUACGGCGGAGAAGAGCUCACAGUCUUGGUGCAAAGGACAAAGAUAAAAACUGUGCUAUCUCCUAACCCCUAACUGCUAGAAACAUCACAAUACAGCACGUUGUUUUCACAAUUGUGGUGCACAAGAAGAACUAAUGGCCCUUCAUUACUCUGGUGUUCAAGCUGUUUCAUGAUGGUGACGUAGUGUUAAAUCCAACAGACGUUUCCAAAAGUGAACCACAGCCAUCGUUCCUGACACACUACUUAGCAAAGGGAAGCACAAUAAACCUCAAAGUUUUAUGGUAUUGACUUCUCAUUGUUGGACUUUGAGAUGUUACAGUGUAGAAAAUGAUGUAUGAGUCACGUGAGUAGUGAAGAAUGUGGAGUGAUUAUUGGUAAGUUUGGAUUAUAUUUCGACAUACAAGAGACUGUGUGAGAGAGUGCUGUGUUCCAGUUAGUUAGAACAGCCCCUGAAGUGAAAUGUUACUGCUUUUUAACAUCACCAUCAUUUACAUAUGCAAACCUCCAGUAGCACGUAUGACCAGGAACUGACCGCACACUGCGCCAUCAUCAGUGGUUUGUGAAAAGGAAUUUUAAAUAUGUUAUUGUUUAACUCUACUGUAACCAUUUUUAUGUGCUCUUAUGUGCAAUUUUUAUAUGGCUGUAAUAUAUUACAGUUGUACUAAAUACUAAAUGGCCAAAUUUUAGAGAUCUGUGGUGGUUUUAUGCUUUGAAAAUCAAAAGGAUCGUCAAGGUAUCACAGGAGGUUAAGUUUGUCGUGUGUGUUGUAUGGUCCAAAUGAAAUAAUGUAAAGUUUGUAUGACGUACAUUCAUGUUUUUAAUCAAAAUAACACUUUAAGGUCAUUUAUUUUUAUAUACUUGGUGUAGGUCGCUGUUCUUUCUUGUUCUAUUGCUGGUAAAAGGAAGAGAUUAUGACAGUUUCUGUUUCUCUUGAUUGUGAGACAAUUUUAUGGUGAUAUUAAAUUUGUCUAAAUUGUUA